CCCGGAAGGGGAGGGAAAUAAAUGUUUCUACAGAGUUCCUGUCUUGUGCUCAGGACAGUAAACAAACGGCUAACGAGAAUUAACAGCCAGAUAAAGUCUGAAUAUUUUAUCAGCUAAGGAGACGUUUUAACUGUCCAACAUGUCUGGACAAAACCUUCUAAAUGUCAAACAGCCGCCGAUUCAGUCUACGGCAGGAGCUGUACCUGUGCGAAAUGACAAAGGCGAGCUUUCUAUGGAAAAGGUGAAGGUGAAGCGAUAUGUGUCAGGAAAGCGUCCGGAUUACGCGCCGAUGGAGUCCUCCGAUGAAGAAGAGGAAGAUUUCCAGUUUGUUAAGAAAGGCAAGGAGGCAGAACCGGAAAUGGAAAUGGAAGAGGAGGAUGUAUCAGACCCUCGCCUUCGCCGUCUCAUGAACCGUGUGUCAGAAGAUGUUGAAGAAAGGCUUGCACGACACAGACAAAUUGCUGAACCAGAGCUGAUUGCAGAGAGCAGUGAGGAUUCAGACGAGGGAACCUGGCACCCGGAGCGAGAGGAGAGCAGCGAAGAGGAGGAAGAAGAGGAGGAAGUGGAUGAUGAGGAAAUCGAGAGGCGGCGAGCGAUGAUGAGGCAGCGGGCACAGGAGAGGAAGAACGAAGAGACGGAGGUCAUGGAGGUGGAGGAAGAAGGGAAGUCUGGAGAAGACUCGGAGUCUGAGUCUGAGUAUGAGGAGUACACAGACAGCGAGGAUGAAACUGAACCACGGUUAAAACCUGUCUUCAUCCGCAAGAAGGACAGGGUGACUGUGGCUGAACGCGAGGCUGAAGAGCAGAGACAGAAGGAGCUGGAAAUCGAGGCCAAGAAGCAGGCGGAGGAGAGACGUCGCUACACCCUGAAGAUCGUAGAGGAGGAAGCCAAGAAGGAGUUUGAGGAGAACAAACGCACUCUGGCUGCUCUGGAUGCCCUGGACACAGACGGAGAAAAUGAGGAAGAGGAGUACGAGGCCUGGAAGGUCAGAGAGCUGAAGCGAAUCAAGAGGGACAGAGAGGCUCGAGAAUUAAUUGAGAAGGAAAAGGCCGAAAUCGAGAGAUUCCACAAUCUCACAGAGGAGGAGCGUAGAGCUGAACUGCGCGUCAACGGGAAAGUCAUCACCAACAAAGCGACCAAGGGCAAAUACAAGUUCCUGCAGAAGUACUACCACAGAGGAGCCUUCUUCAUGAAUGAAGAGCAAGACGUGUUCAAGAGAGAUUUCAGCGCACCAACGCUUGAGGAUCAUUUCAACAAAACAAUUCUACCUAAAGUUAUGCAGGUCAAGAACUUUGGUCGCUCAGGACGCACUAAGUACACACAUCUGGUGGAUCAGGACACCACGUCGUUUGAUUCCCCUUGGGCUCAGGAGAGCGCCCAGAACAGCAAGUUCUUCAAACAGAAGGCAGGGGGUGUGAGAGACGUGUUGGACCGGCCGUCAGUGCAGAAGAGGAAGACAUGAAUUACAUUCUGGAUGUGUAGAAGUUCAGAUGCAGCUGAAAUAAUGACUGUUUUUACACUUUAUUUUCCACCCCCAUCCCCUGCUGUGUUUUUAUGUAACAGUGAAGAAAGUUGCAACAGCAUGGCAACAAAUCUUGGUUUAUUGCAUUUUACUUUUGUACAUCUGAUGGAUUCCUUUACAGAAUUUUGUUCUGCUCAUUUUGACCUUUGUAAAAAUCUUAGAUGUAAUUGUGAAUAAAUUACUAUAACAGGAAGAUUAA